AAACGAAGGAGACCGAGUUACGAUUUCAGUUCGAACGUUCGAUAUAUUCUUUCCUCUUCCUUCUUCUUCUUAUUCUUUCUUCCUCUUCUACUUCGCCUUUUACUUCUCUCUAUCACCUCUUCCUCCUCCUCCUUUUCCACUGCCACCACCACCCCCACCUAUUUCUCCUCCAUUACUUCGAUGAGGAGAAAUCGGUGCCAGUGAGUCUCGGAUAAUGUCAGACGACGGAUCGGUGAAUAUAUUUCCUCGUUGGAUUUUUCACCUAACACUUGAUUCGAAAAAAUGUCCGGAGACACAACGUCAGACGAAGAAGGCUCGCAAGAGGACCCACCCCGAUAUGACAUCGAUGACAUGGAAAUCGUCAAAACAAUCGGUACCGGAACAUUUGGUAGAGUUGUAUUAUGCAGACAUCGUGGAAAACCUCUCGCAUUGAAGGUACUUUCAAUGGCCGACGUGAUCAGACUGAAACAAGUCGAGCAUGUUCGCAAUGAGAUCACGGUACUGAAAGAGGUCAAUCACCCCUUCAUCGUCAACAUGCUUUGGAGUGGCAGAGACGAGGCAAGACUUUACAUGCUAUUCGAAUUUGUAGCCGGUGGUGAAUUAUUUUCUUAUUUGAGAGCAGCCGGAAGAUUUUCGGGACCGACCAGUUGCUUUUAUGCUGCUGAAAUUGUUUGUGCUUUGGAAUACCUUCACAGCAAACACAUCAUUUACAGAGACUUAAAACCUGAAAAUCUUCUCCUCGAUAGCCAAGGACAUCUUAAAAUUACCGACUUUGGCUUCUCGAAAAAACUAACCGACAGAACGUGGACUCUUUGCGGUACGCCGGAAUAUUUGGCACCGGAAAUCAUUCAGAAUAAAGGACACAACAAAGCCGUAGAUUGGUGGGCUUUGGGUGUCCUAAUUUACGAAAUGUUGGCUGGCUUCCCACCGUUCUUCGAUGAUAAUCCUUUUGGAAUAUAUGAGAAAAUAUUAAGUGGUAGAAUAGAGUGGCCUAAACACAUGGAUCCUAUCGCGAAAGAUCUCAUUAAGAAAUUACUCAUAGCUGACAGAACUAAAAGAUUAGGAAAUAUGAGACAAGGUGCUGAAGAUGUUAAGAGGCAUCGUUGGUUCAAGUUGGUCGAGUGGCCCUUGGUACCUCAGAGAGCUUUGACACCACCGAUCAGGCCAAGAGUUAAAGCACCUGGUGAUCCAAGUUGUUUUGAUGAUUAUCCUGAAACUGAUUGGCGUUCACAACCAGCAUUACCAGCUGACCAAUUAGCACUCUUUCAAGACUUUUAGCAACGAUUUAUGAAGAUUCAUCUUUAAUCUUAUACUGAUCGCGGUGAUACGUUUCUAUUGUUUUUACAAGUUCAAUUCAUAAGUUAUAUAUAUAUAUAUAUAUAUGCGUCGUUGAAAAAAUAUCUUUCU